AUGGCCCAGUUCUCUACAAAAUCCCCCUGGGACCAAGGCUAUGACAAUAGAAUUGAGGUAAUGAGGACUGAAUUACCCCAGAGUCCUGGGAAUGUAACCAGUGAAGGAACAUUUUCCCUGGUGCUACCCUACCUUGUCUUGGUCAUCAGCCUGGGUGGGCUUGUGGGCAAUGGCAUUGUCCUCUGGAUUCUCAGCUUUCGCAUUAAGAAGAGUCCCUUCUCUAUUUACAUUCUUAACCUGGCUGGGGCUGACUUUCUCCACCUUGCCUGCUGGACUUUAUUUGCCAUAGGGUUUUUCUCCCAAAUCUUGUUUAUUUCCGUGAGUGUGGUAAUUACCUUCAUCACACUCAUCUUCUACAAUGUGGGCCUGAGUUUCCUAGUGGCCAUUAGCACUGAGCGCUGUCUUUCUGUUCUCUUCCCCAUCUGGUACAGAUGUCUCCGGCCAAGGCACAUGUCUGCAACUGUGUGCACCCUGAUCUGGGCUCUCUACAUUCUGCUCUUUGCAGUGAUGGGACUCACAUGUGUGCAUUUAGGCCAUGGUCCCUGCUAUGGGUUUGUUGUAACUACUUCAGUGUGGGUUCUUCUCCUCAUUGGCAUGAUGAGUGUGUCCAGCCUGACUUUGCUGCUCAGGGUCCAAUGUAGCUUCCAGCAGCGCCAGCCUCCACGGCUUUAUAUCCUCAUUGUGCUCACAGUCCUCCUCUUCUUCCUCUGUGGCCUCCCCUUUGGUAUCUUAUUGCUGAUGCAAUAUUUGGAAUUCAACUUCCCUUACAUGUUGAACUUUUAUGAACUGUCACUCCUUUUGAGUACUCUGAAUAGUAGUGUUAACCCCCUUAUUUAUUUCUUUGUGGGGAGUUUCAGGCAGAAGAGGCUGAGGGAGUCCUUCGUAGUUGUCCUCCAAAGAAUGCUAGGGGAGGAGGCCGAGAUGGAUGAAGGUCAGGAGACAGCCUCCAUUGGUCCCAUGGAGAUGACACCCUGA